CUGAUUUGUUGUCCUCACAUGCCCCAGAGCAGCGCCUCCUGGAAUAAGAGGCUCAGUCUGUCAACACCAGCUCGGUGACGAUUUCAGAAAAGUCUCUCCUGGACGCCCGUCUCUGCUGCUGGCCACGGUCGCUGGUCUUGGUGGGGCAUGAUUAACCGCUGGCUCAUUGAGCACCUACUAUGUACGGCUGUAGCUGUGUAGCUGCAUAGCUGUAGCUACAUAAAGUUACAGAAGACUUGUUGGGGAGUGUGGGGCCUGGUAGGAAUGAGGUGGAGGGGCAAGAAACCUGAACAACGUGAUAGUACAAAAGACAUUCCAGAAUAGAGAUGUGCAGUAUGGGGCCAGGAUGGGAGAAUCAGAAAGGCAGAGGGCAUCAGUUGGGAAGAGUCUGUGGUUGGAGACUGCAAACAUAUGGAAGGGAGUUUGGAGGAACACUGGCCAGGUGCCUGAACACGUGGCAUUCUCUGGAAGAAACUAACCAGCGUGAGGACGUGCUGAUUGCAUACUCAGCCAUCACCCAUGGAGGCUCUAAACCUGAGUACCUCUAAUUCUGGCUUCACCCUCAGCUUGCAGAGUGAGCCCAGGGAGACCAUUUGGAUGCAGCUAAAUACCCCAGGCUGCUUGCUGCAGCACGAUCGUUGUCAAGGAUACUUGGUUGAUGAAUAAAACAUCCCAGAAACGAGAGGUGCAUCUCCGGGAAAGUCCCGCAAUUGACAAGAGGAGCCCCAGUACCAUCUGGGCUGUGAGUGACAGAGGAGUCCCUUUGCAAGCCAUAGGCUGGCAGGGAUGGAGGGCUGGACAGGUGCUUGCCCACCGCCGGCCACGGGAAAGUUCUCUCCCUGUCACUGCAACGUGCGACAGGGCCGCUAAAAAGGUGACCCCUGUACGAAGGAAUGAAUGAGAUAAAACAGAGCAAGCACUGGGAAAAAGGGAAUGAAAGCUGACGUUCACUGCUUUUCGUUCUCUCUUGGGUCUCUGUGGUCCAGGAAAAUGCAACAUGACCCUCGAUUGUUCUGUGGACCAUUCCUCCCUCUAUGAAAAUUUACAUAAUUCUUGAUGUCAAAUUUCAAAUAACACAGAAGUUUAUUGAGUAAAAACUACAAGUCACCUUUUGUUCCCUCCUCCUACCUUCCCAGCCCCAAGUUUUAUACUUACUGCAGGUCUUUUUCUAUGCCUUCGUGCACAUAUAUUUACAUAUAAAAAUACAUAAAUGUAAUUUUUGUGUUUCUUUCUGCAUAGCUGGGGUUGUGCUGUGUGUGCGUGCGUCUGCGCAUUGUCUUUCACUGAACAGCAUGUUGUAACUCUCCCUGUGGAUGAAGGGAGGCCUCCCUCUCACAGCUGUAUUAUAUUCCAGAUGGCGGAGACACCAGGCUUUACUGAGUCAUGCCUCUGUUGAAAGACAUUUAUGUUGUCUCCAGUGUUUGCUCGUAAAUAAAUACUGCUUUAAAAAACAUCUUGUGUAUAUUUGGAGACACAUGAAUAUUUUGAGGAGAGAAAUGUGUGAAUUUGUAUCAUCACAGAACAGGAAAGAAACAUCUUUUGUUCUGCAUCCCCUCCCCUUCCUUCCCCCUGGAAUCUUUUAUGCAGAAACCUUAGAACCUAAGUGUCAGAAGUGGGUCUCAUUCCCCUGCCUGCCCUGGCGUGGGCACUGAGGCCACAGAGAUGCAGGCAGUGGGCAGGUUGGAUUCACACCCAGAAAUGUUUCUUAGACCCUGGCCUCAAGCGGGAAUGGAAUUGCUGGUUGAUUCCAGCAGAGGAUGACUGGUCUAAGUGGAUGUCUCCUUCAGGCCCCGUGGCUAUCCGCCGUCCCAGCUUCUCAGUGUAAACAGACCCAGCACAGGCUGAGAGGCAUUAAGAAUGUAUACAAGGACCCAAGGGCUGGCCCAUCCAGAUCUGUGCGGAAUGCAGUCAGUCUUUUCUGUAUGGGAUGAGGUAAUCCCCUGCUUUUGCUUGAGGGGACCUGUGAUUUCUGUGCAGGGCCCUCUGGGGGUUCAUUAGAGGCCUCCCUCCCUCUCUCCACUUUCAGAUUUUGCAGGGAGCUUUGUCACCAGGCCUUUGAGAACCAGGGGCCCUGGUUACACAUUUCAUAGUUUGCCCUAUGAAGCUUUUGUUCCUAUCGGGGAUUCUGAGAGUGUCACUUAUUAAGAUCUAAGCAGGUAAUUUAGGAAGAUUCUUUCCUCCAAUAGCGGAGGCACACCAUCAGUGAAUGGUGUUCAGUGAAAGUGGGCCCUGCCCACCCUAAACGUCCUGCAGGCAGGCUGGGGCAGCCAGAGCCUUUGUCGCAGACCACAUUCCAUGUUACAUGGCAGUUCCCUCUUUUGAAUAAGGGGAUUGUCUUUGUCAAAUAAUAAUCUGUUUUCUGGAGACAGCUCUUGUUUCUGAAACCUAAUGCAUGAAAAAUACCAAAAUGACAAAAGGCUAAGCUAUCGUAUGACAUUUUUGUUUUUCUGUUUUUUGUUUUCUUUAGCUCCCAUUUAAAUUUGCAGAGGACUUGAUGACUGCACUGUCUGCUUAAUCUCCCUUUCCGCUGUGCUUUCCGUCCUUUAUCUGACCACUGGAGCCUUUGGUGGUGGGAAGGGAGAGCCCCGUCCAGGCCCCGAGAGGAAAGCAGGCGAUCCGGGUGUGGGCCUCUGGCUGUUUCCUGGCCAGUCCCAGUGUGGGCUGCUGUUCCUUGGGCUGACUGGUGGUUAAUGAUUGAGGAUCGGUGAUCGGUGAUCGGUGACUGAUGAUUGGUGGCCGGUGAUCGGUGGGGCAGUGAGGAGCUCCAGCCUCUGCUCUCUCAUUCAGCCCUUGGGCAGCAACAGCCAUGCCCUUGUUGGAAGUUUCCCACUGUGCCCCCCCGGAGGGGAGAAGUAAGGACAGAGGCGAGGACGGCUGAGUGGGGAAGUGCCUAUCUCAGAAAUACUAUUUUUGACUCAGAGGACCAAUGGUCCCUAAAUCAAAUUUUCUUCACCCAAAGAGGCAGAGGUAGAAAGCCAAGGGCUGGAUGGGGGUCCCUGAGCCCUUUUCCACCUCUUAUUCCCACUCUGGGCUCUGAGAAUACUGAAGGCUGCUGGUAGCUCAAAGCGGGUGAGUGUCUGUUUUGUGCUAAGAGUGGAGGAACUGGAAGGAAGGACACACUCGAGAUGUGGGAACCAGGCGUCUUCUCACUGAGUGACCCUGCCUCCUGCUGGGGCCUGUCCAUGCUGAGCAGUGGCCAGGCGCCUGGCAUCUGACAUGUCUCUACACUGGAGGGCGAGUAAGACCUGAGCCAGAGGAAUGUCACCAUGGUGGGGGAGAGAGGUGGGGCGGAUUCGGGAUCCAAGUUCUGGCGAACAAAGACUGAGGGUCAUUUCUUUCUAGCCCCUGUGAAUGGCCCAAGCCCCAGGAUUUAUGGCAGCUUCUGCUGUGUGGCUGUGCCAGUGGGGACAGAGCAGGGAGCCCAAGCCGGGCGCCGGCCGAGCUGCCCUCUGGACCCAGCUGCUGUCCCUGCUGCUGCCCAGCUGUGGGGCCAUCCUCCAUUCAAGCUCCUCUGCUCCCUGGGACUCUGGGGUCAGAUGAGAUUACGGGUGAAAGUGUUUUGGAAGCCAAGCCAUGACGCAAAUGUGUUUCGUUUUAAGGAAAUGGGACAAAGGAACAAGGGUUGUUGCAGUAGAGCCAUGUGGGAGAGCAAAGGUGAAAUCCUUGUCUCCUGGAAUCACAGGUGAAGAAUGGAACGUCAGCUCGGGUCAUUUGGUGGCCAAGGGAAGGUGGCAAUAAUAGCUUUAAGGCACAGCCUGGGGUUGGCUGUCCGCCCUGGAGGCAGUCUGGCAGGCCAGGGUGUCCUCAGCUCCCUGCUGGGCCUACGUCCUUUUGGAGUUCUAGAGCUGCGUCUUAGGACAAGGGUGCCGAGCCUCCUGCUUUGAGUUUCUGUCCUGACCUUGACCUUGCUCACCUCCAUGGGCACCCUCCCAUGCUUGGGCAUCAGGGCUUGUCAUAAGUCCAUGGUCACAGGGCUUGAUUCCUCCUAGUGGGUGACUCUGAGGACGGCCAGGCCUCCCGCUGCAGGACCAGCGUGGUUUCCUCCAUGGAGAGCUUUCAGAGUGGGGAGGGGAUGUGGCUGUUAUGGGAGGCCCAGCCCUUUCUGUCGGCCGUGGAGGACACUGAGUCAGGUUAGGUCACCAGGAGGGGACCCCACAGUCAUUUACAUCCCACAGAGGGAAGUGCCCAGAAGCCUGCAACAGUCUCUGCUAAGCGGAGUUCAAGCGAGGUCCUCUGCUGUGAAUGUUGAGGCUGUGGAGCCGAGGCCGCGAAAUUUCUCACUUUUCAGGGAUUCUGUUCAUGUUGUCCCAAAGGAGAAGCCCAUCAAACAACCCAGUCUCUGUGUGAGCUUGGUAUCUGUGAGAUAGGUGCUGCUGUCCUGGGGAGGCAGAUGCAGACAGAUUAACUCUCAAGGUCAUUUGAUUGCCCCCCUCAGAACGAUGGAUCUGCAUCUCUUCGACUACUCAGAGCCAGGGAACUUCUCGGACAUCAGCUGGCCCUGCAACAGCAGUGACUGCAUCGUGGUGGACACGGUGAUGUGCCCCAACAUGCCCAACAAAAGCGUCCUGCUCUACACGCUCUCCUUCAUUUACAUUUUCAUCUUCGUCAUCGGCAUGAUUGCCAACUCCGUGGUGGUCUGGGUGAAUAUCCAGGCCAAGACCACAGGCUAUGACACUCACUGCUACAUCUUGAACCUGGCCAUCGCCGACCUGUGGGUUGUCCUCACCAUCCCAGUCUGGGUGGUCAGCCUCGUGCAGCACAACCAGUGGCCCAUGGGCGAGCUCACGUGCAAAGUCACACACCUCAUCUUCUCCAUCAACCUCUUCGGCAGCAUUUUCUUCCUCACAUGUAUGAGCGUGGACCGCUACCUCUCCAUCACCUACUUCACCAAUACCUCCAGCAGCAGAAAGAAGAUGGUACGCCGUGUCGUCUGCAUCCUGGUGUGGCUGCUGGCCUUCUGCGUGUCUCUGCCCGACACCUACUACCUGAAGACCGUCACGUCUGCGUCCAACAAUGAGACCUACUGCCGGUCCUUCUACCCCGAGCACAGCAUCAAGGAGUGGCUGAUCGGCAUGGAGCUGGUCUCUGUGGUCUUGGGCUUCGCCAUUCCCUUCUCCAUCAUCGCUGUCUUCUACUUCCUGCUGGCCAGAGCCAUCUCGGCGUCCGGUGACCAGGAGAAGCACAGCAGCCGGAAGAUCAUCUUCUCCUACGUGGUGGUCUUCCUCGUCUGCUGGCUGCCCUACCACGUGGCGGUGCUGCUGGACAUCUUCUCCAUCCUGCACUACAUCCCUUUCACCUGCCGGCUGGAGCACGCCCUCUUCACGGCCCUGCACGUCACACAGUGCCUGUCGCUGGUGCACUGCUGCGUCAACCCUGUCCUCUACAGCUUCAUCAAUCGCAACUACAGGUACGAGCUGAUGAAGGCCUUCAUCUUCAAGUACUCGGCCAAAACAGGGCUCACCAAGCUCAUCGAUGCCUCCAGAGUCUCAGAAACGGAGUACUCUGCCUUGGAGCAGAGCACCAAAUGAUCUGCCCUGGAGAGGCUCCGGGACGGGUUUACUUAUUUUUGAACAGGGUGAUAGGCCCUAUGGUUUUCUAGAGCAAAGCAAAGUAGCUUCUGGUCUUGAUGCUUGAGUAGCGUGAACAGGGAAGCACGUGCCCCCUGCAUCCAUUCUCUCUCUUGACGACGCGGCUGUCGUUUGGCUGUGCGUGCUGACAGUUUUGCAACAGGCAGAGCUGUGUCGCACAGCAGUGCUGUGCGUCAGAGCCAGCCGAGGACGGGCUUGCCUGGACUUCUGUAAGAUAGGAUUUUCUGUGUUUCCUGAAUUUUUUAUAUGGUGAUUUGUAUUUAAAUUUUAAGACUUUAUUUUCUCACUAUUGAUGUACCUUAUAAAUGUAUUUGAAAGUUAAAUAUAUUUUAAAUAUUGUUUGGCAGGCAUAGUGCUGACAUAUAUUCGGAGUGUUGUAGUUUUAAGGUUAGCGUGACUUCAGUUUUGACUAAGGAUGACACUAAUUGUUAGCUGUUUUGAAAUUUUAUAUAUAUAAAUAUAUAUAAAUAUAUAAAUAUAUGCCGGUCUUGGCUGAAAUGUUUUAUUUACCAUAGUUUUAUAUCUGUGUGGUGUUUUGUACCGGCACGGGAUAUGGAACGAAAACUGCUUUGUAAUGCAGUUUGUGACAUUAAUAGUAUUGUAAAGUUACACUUAAAAAAAACAAAAAACUGUUCUGGACUGCAAAUCUGUGCACACAACGAACAGUUGCAUUUCAGAGAGUUCUCUCAAUUUGUAAGUUAUUUUUUUUAAUAAAGAUUUUUGUUUCCUAAAAAUG